AUGAAGGAACAGGCAGCCAUGGUGGAGCGCAGAAACGGUCUGAUGGUGGCUGAAAUCGAGGAGCUGAGAGUUGCUCUGGAGCAGACAGAGAGAGGCCGCAAAGUGGCUGAGACUGAGCUGGUAGACGCCAGCGAGCGUGUUGGACUGCUGCACUCCCAGGUAUGGGUCAAAAGCCAUUUCCAAUGGAACUCAACCAAGCAUACAGUUUAAACACACCUGGAAUUUGACAGUGCUUACUUUAGAUUUUCAUCAUUUCAGCCUUGUGACUUGUAAGUUCUCUUGAGAGUUUAAAAAAUCGUCUUAUUUCAUCCUUCAGAACACCAGCCUUCUGAACACCAAGAAGAAGUUGGAGACUGACCUGGUGCAGGUGCAGGGAGAGGUGGACGAUAUUGUCCAGGAGGCCAGGAAUGCAGAGGAGAAGGCCAAGAAGGCCAUCACUGACGUGAGUUCUUUAAUUACAUCGACUUGAUUUGUCCCCAAGUGCCAGUGGUAGCUGGGCUGGUUAAGAACAACAAAGAUCUUAUAGGGGCGUUAUGAUUGGUGCCAAUUGGUGCAUAAAUGAAACAAACUACUUUUCCAGGCGGCCAUGAUGGCUGAGGAGCUGAAGAAGGAGCAGGACACCAGCUCUCACCUGGAGAGGAUGAAGAAGAACCUGGAGGUCACAGUCAAGGACCUGCAGCACCGCCUGGAUGAGGCUGAGAAUCUGGCCAUGAAGGGAGGCAAGAAGCAGCUCCAGAAACUGGAGUCCAGGGUGAGUUAACAGCAGGGUGGAUUAUGGUGGAUUGAAAGACAGAUUGCUGGAAAUGUAUUUGAUCAUAUAAAAAUACAUAAUAGCCUCCAUUCAGGUUUACUGUUACUUCUGUAGUGCAUGGCAUGACUAAUCAAGUCUCGGGCCCUGGGAAAUGUUAAGUCCCCCUUCUUGGCAUUAGAGAGAAAAUGUUGCAGUUUUAAAGCUAAUUUCCUGCAAUUCUACACAUUUUGCCUUUUUAAAUGUUAAAUGAUGGUGCAUUUAUGAUCAUAACAAAACAAAUUAUAAUAAUUCUACACUUAUUUAGUGGAGUUGAGCCAAGACCUUCAAAUAAAUACAAAUGUAUUACUCUAGUUUCUUCGUUCAGGCUUGUACAGUUGUCGCAGCAGACUUCUUCUAAACUGCCAUUUCAUUAGUAGUAAGAAAAAACAACAAAUAUAAAUUCACAAUACACAUCAACACACAAUAUAAUGUACAUUCAUCCACUUUAUCUCAUAGUAAUCAUUUGUUACAUCUAGUUACAUUUGUUUCAUUUCUCUCUAUAGCGACAUGUCUCAUUCACCGGCCGUUGCUAGGGAAGCUAGCGUUGCUAUGCAGGUUUACCAGCCAGCAGGUGAACGGCUGAAUUAGUUUGUAGGCUAGCGGACUUUAAUAAGUUCAUAAAACCUGAAAACACAACAUAACAUCUUAACAAACAUAUGUACAUACUCCAGAAACAUUACCGUCUCGAAUAUAGUGCUUUUCCAGUCGCUUACCUUCAAAAUAAAGAUAUACCAAUGUUUUUAUGUCGGUGCUUCUGUCUUGCUGUUGGCUCACUUUGCAAACUUCUCUCAACUGUCAUAGCGCGAGCCUCCCAUAAUAGAAGAAAUCUCAUAACAUUAAAACAUGCGAGUGGCGUCCUCUAGUGGCCAUACUGGUGCUGCACCAGAAACUGCUAAACUCAUGACAAAAUGGAUAAAUAGUCAUAUUACAAAUACAAGAAGAAUUGAGUUGUGAGCCUCCCAGACCCGUUGUGCAUCUAAUAGUUAAGAACAUAAAUUGUGGAUUAUUAAUAUGUACUGUAUUGCACUCUCUAAAAAAUUUCCAAAGAUCCCUGGUUGUUUAAUCCGUUCUUGCUAGAAAUAUUCAUAAAGACAUUUAAAUGUCAAUUCACCUUUGGGAACCACUGACCUAGAUAAUGAAAAAUUGUUGUCAUUAUUACAGAUCCCUUCAAUUAAACAUUUAAAAGUACAUAGGAACAGAUAACAAUUGUGCCUCCUUGACUGGGUAGAACACUACACCUCUGUUUUACAAAGAUUUGUUAAGUCUGAUUUCACCACCUCAAACAAAUACGUUUAUUUCUUCCACAAAGGUGCGUGAGCUCGAGACUGAGGUGGAGGCCGAGCAGAGAAGAGGUGUAGACGCAGUCAAGGGAGUCCGCAAGUAUGAGCGCAGAGUCAAGGAGCUCACUUACCAGGUAAGAGAAAGUGCCUUCUUCACACACUUGACAGUAACACAGACAGGUUUGUGUAUAAAACUAUACUGACAUUGAUUCUUUGAUCUUCUCCCACAGACUGAGGAGGAUAAGAAGAACGUUAGCAGACUUCAGGACCUGGUAGAUAAGCUGCAGUUGAAAGUGAAGGCCUACAAGAGGAAUUCUGAGGAAGCAGUGAGUCAAAUACUCUGAAAGCAUACAUUCGAAAAUGUAUUUUCUCCCUACAAAAUGUAAUGUCCAUACGGUUUAGUUGAAGUGUUGCUACAGCACAUCAGUCAACAAUGACUCAAUUGAUAUUGCAAGUCAUUACUGAAGAAAUUAUACACAUUUCUGAGUGCCUCCUAUGCCUAUGUGUUACUAACUUAAAGGAGAGGGGGUUGAAUAAAUACAGUGGGGGAAAAAAGUAUUUAGUCAGCCACCAAUUGUGCAAGAUCUCCCACUUAAAAAGAUGAGAGAGGCCUGUAAUUUUCAUCAUAGGUACACGUCAACUAUGACAGACAAAAUGAGAAAAAAAAUCCAGAAAAUCACAUUGUAGGAUUUUUUUAUGAAUUUAUUUGCAAAUUAUGGUGGAAAAUAAGUAUUAGGUCAAUAACAAAAGUUUCUCAAUACUUUGUUAUAUACCCUUUGUUGGCAAUGACACAGGUCAAACGUUUUCUGUAAGUCUUCACAAGGUUUUCACACACUGUUGCUGGUAUUUUGGCCCAUUCCUCCAUGCAGAUCUCCUCUAGAGCAGUGAUGUUUUGGGGCUGUCGCUGGGCAACACAGACUUUCAACUCCCUCCAAAGAUUUUCUAUGGGGUUGAGAUCUGGAGAAUGGCUAGGCCACUCCAGGACCUUGAAAUGCUUCUUACGAAGCCACUCCUUCGUUGCCCGGGUGGUGUGUUUAGGAUCAUUGUCAUGCUGAAAGACCCAGCCACGUUUCAUCUUCAAUGCCCUUGCUGAUGGAAGGAGGUUUUCACUCAAAAUCUCACGAUACAUGGCCCCAUUCAUUCUUUCCUUUUCACGGAUCAGUCGUCCUGGUCCCUUUGCAGAAAAACAGCCCCAAAGCAUGAUGUUUCCACCACAAUGCUUCACAGUAGGUAUGGUGUUCUUUGGAUGCAACUCAGCAUUCUUUGUCCUCCAAACACGACGAGUUGAGUUUUUACCAAAAAGUUAUAUUUUGGUUUCAUCUGACCAUAUGACAUUCUCCCAAUCCUCUUCUGGAUCAUCCAAAUGCACUCUAGCAAACUUCAGACGGGCCUGGACAUGUACUGGCUUAAGCAGGGGGACACGUCUGGCACUGCAAUAUUUGAGUCCCUGGCGGCGUAGUGUGUUACUGAUGGUAGGCUUUGUUACUUUGGUCCCAGCUCUCUGCAGGUCAUUCACUAGGUCCCCCCGUGUGGUUCUGGGAUUUUUGCUCACCGUUCUUGUGAUCAUUUUGACCCCACGGGGUGAGAUCUUGCGUGGAGCCCCAGAUCGAGGGAGAUUAUCAGUGGUCUUGUAUGUCUUCCAUUUCCUAAUAAUUGCUCCCACAGUUGAUUUCUUCAAACCAAGCUGCUUACCUAUUGCAGAUUCAGUCUUCCCAGCCUGGUGCAGGUCUACAAUUUUGUUUUUGGUGUCCUUUGACAGCUCUUUGGUCUUGGCCAUAGUGGAGUUUGGAGUGUGACUGUUGUGGACAGGUGUCUUUUAUACUGAUAACACGUUCAAACAGGUGCCAUUAAUACAGGUAACGAGUGGAGGACAGAGGAGCCUCUUAAAGAAGAAGUUACAGGUCUGUGAGAGCCAGAAAUCUUGCUUGUUUGUAGGUGACCAAAUACUUAUUUUCCACCAUAAUUUGCAAAUAAAUUCAUAAAAAAUCCUACAAUGUGAUUUUCUGGAUUUUUUUCUCUCAAUUUGUCUGUCAUAGUUGACGUGUACCUGUGAUGAAAAUUACAGGCCUCUCUCAUCAUUUUAAGUGGGAGAACUUGCACAAUUGGUGGCUGACUAAAUACUUUUUUCCCCCACUGUAUUUGCUGGUCUAGUGGUGGUGCUGGAGGCAGCGGUUUGAUCCCCUGUUCCUCCACUCACUUUCUCUGCUGUAUCAUCCAUCUACCUAUAUACGUUGCUAUCCUAAAUCUGCCAAUAUUUGUUUGAUUGAAAAUACCUUUAAAAAUGUAUAUUUUAAUUUUCUACCUGAAGCUUCAAUGUCUAAAUACUGAUGUUCUGCUCUCCCUGUCUUUUAGUUUAGUUGAAUAAGUGUUGCUACUUCACAUUGCUGUACAGGGGGAUGGUCUAUUGAUAGUGCUGGAGGCAGCGGUUUGAUCCCCUGUUCCGCCACUCACUUUCUCUGCUGUAUCAUCCAUCUCGCUAUAUACAUUGCUAUCCUAAAUGUAUAUUUUAAUUUGCUACCUGAAGCUUCAAUGUCUAAAUACUGAUGUCCUGCUCUCCCUGUCUUUUCCUCACCCAGGAGGAAGCAGCAAACCAGCACAUGUCUAAGUUCAGGAAGGUUCAGCAUGAGCUGGAGGAGGCUGAGGAGCGUGCUGACAUCGCUGAGACUCAGGUCAACAAGCUCAGAGCCAAGACCCGUGACACUGGAAAGGUACAGAACUGAUGCUAAAUCUACACCUGUUCAAUACUGACAUUUUACACUCACUCAACUGUAUUUAAGAUCUUUGAGAAGCACAUUUCAGGUAGGGCAAAAAAAUCUAAUAAGAUUAAUUCAGUUAGUACUUCACCCUGAAAAUCCAAGCUGAGCGCUGAGCAUUAAAUGCUUGAUCCAUUAUAUUCUUUCCAAGUGUUCAUCUAUUUAUCAUGUUCAUUAUUAUUACUGAUCCAUUAUAUUCUAUCCAAGUCUAUCCAUAUAUUUAUCAUGUUCAUUAUUAUUACUGAUCCAUUAUAUUCUAUCCAAGUCUAUCCAUAUAUUUAUCAUGUUCAUUAUUAUUACUGAUCCAUUAUAUUCUUUCUUUCUUCUUACAGGGCAAAGAAGUUGCUGAAUAA